UACAUCAAAUCCAAAUCUAUUUAAAUUACAGGUUGUAAUGCAACAAAAUAGGAGAAACGCCAAGGGGGAUGAAUCCUUUUCAAGGCACUGUAGUUGGUCUGCAGAGGCUGCAGGUCCUGGGGUCAAGCAGGAGAGGUCUGAAGGAGGGGAGGACCCACGGCACAGCAGAGACAUCCAGACUGGACCAGCGACUGGAGUGGCGCCCCCUGUAGCCACGGCGGAACCCAACACCACCCCAGCGCAGCCUAGGACCCAAUGCAGCAUCACGGAGGGAUCGUGACCCAGUGUCCACGUCGAUGGCACCUUCUGAUUCACACGGUCGCAUCCUUUUCGAUCAGGUAUUGAACUCAAACAAAAGGAAUAGAGCUAAGGGUCAGGGAGGGCGAGUCACAUCAGGCAAUAGUAAAGAGAAACGGUUCCUCUGCAUGUUCUGUAACAAAGCCUUCAGCUGCCCCCAGAAGGUGGAGAUUCACCAGAGGGUCCACACAGGGGAGAAACCCUUCAGCUGUACCCAGUGUCACAUGCGCUUCGCCCAGGCUUGCACCCUGAAGAGGCACCAAAGGGUCCACACGGGGGAGAAACCCUACAGCUGUACCCAGUGUCACAUGCGCUUUGCCCAGGCUGGUAACCUGAAGAUGCACCUGAAGGUCCACACGGGAGAAAGGUCUUCUGACAUUUAGAUAAAAUCCUGCAUUAAAGACUGAUGAAUUGUCAUUGUUGUCAGCAUAAAAUAUCCACAGAUGCAUUUGGAAUACUGAGUAACAUAUUUCAGUGUUGAAUAUUCCUGGGUAGAAUAUUUCAUCCAGAUGUGUGAUAUAUAAGCCUAAAAAGUCUAUACUGUGUAAGCUAGAUGUUGGUCACAAAUGCCCAUUUCAUUUCUUCCAUUCAACUUAAU